AUGCGAGAGCUGGAUGAUCUGAAGGGGUUGUUCGAUGACAACUACAUCACCUCGCUCAGGAACGGAGAGAGAGACGGUAGCGAGCUCGAGAUUUUCGCAGCGGCUCAGCUGCAUUCCAGCAAUAUUCAGGUAAAAACACUCAACGACGAGUGCAGGGUCACCUCAGCAUACACAUACGCCGUCACGAACCCUUUUCGAUCCGUUUGUAUUGCUCGGCAGGGAUCAUAUUAUGCCGUGCAGGUAGAUGGUAUGCACAUUUAA